AUGGCUUGUAAAUUCUUGAAAAUUCCUAUUAAAAUAUUAAUGUCAAAUUAAGACAUCAAUGAACUUCCGGCCCUCAAAGUCAAUGUCCCCUCUUUCUUGAUGAAAACAUAUGAAAUUCUUGAAAACCCAUCUUUAUCCCACAUAAUUACCUGGAAUCAAGAGGGCAACGCAUUCAUCGUCCUAAAUACCCAUGAACUGGCAUCCAAGGUUCUUGCAAACUAUUUCAAACACUAAAAACUACCCCAGCUUCUUGAGGUUUUAUACUCUGUCAUUAUAGAUAACUUAACAUGUACAGCUUUAAAAAAAGCAAAAACAAUUAUGGACAAAGUGAGUUCAGGCACAAAUGGUUUAGAAGAGGACUUAAAAUUAUGCUUUAAUACAUUCGUAGGAGAAACUAAGAAGAUUCUGAGAAUAAAAUAGAGAUGA